AUGUCUCUCCCAAAUAAGGACAACAUUCCAUCUGCGGCUUUAGGUUUACCACCUGGAUCUAACAAAUAUCGGAACCAAGAGCUGGUUUUAUAUGGUUCAAUUAAGGAGAGUUUUAAAGACCAUCUACUACAACGUCUUCGAGGUCUUUGUGACCCACAUGAAGUCAAGUUCUCUGAACAUGAAAUGGUAUUCACUUUAAGUAAGAUUUUGAACGUUUUUGUGUUUUCUUUCUUUAGAUUUUUAUGUUAUUCACCAUGCUGUGUUGGAAAGGUGUUAGACAUCAUAAAAAAAUUAGUACUUGGUCAAAAAAGCUACGAUUGAAAUUUUGUGAAAAGUAGCAUUUACUAUGCGUCACGAUAACACAAAAUUUUUAAUUUACAACUUUUUAAAUUUUUUGUAAAAUCUUAAAAAGUAAUCUUUGUUACCUAUAUUAUUGUAGAAGCGGGAGAUGCGCCAGUACAAGUGCGAAUGCGGAGACGAAUGUAUCACGAUAGCCAUUCCUGGCAUUGUAAGUAUAUUGGAAGUCAGGAGCCAGACCCGAAAUGUCCUGUAAUUGUGCGGAAAUGCGUUGAUUCGUUUAUCAGCUCACAUAACAUGAUGGACUUUUUGAAAGCUUUGGGGUUACGAAUGGAUUACGAAUAUCUGACAGAUGGAGUGUUGUUCACUUGGGGCAAUAUUAAAGUAAGAAAUUUUUUUAUUUUAUGUUUUUUACCAUUAUUUUUGCAUAUUUAUGUAUUUUCAUUUUUCAAUCGCUGUUUUUCAGGUAUACGUGACAAGGAUAACAUACACGAAUACGACUGGAAAAUACGAGCAAGAAAACAGAUUCCGUUUAUCAGAAGAUGCUUUGUUUGUUGAAGCCUCGACUACACUACCAGAACAAGCUGAUUAUAAUCAGGCGGCCAAACAAUUGAGGGAUUUCGCUGAUCAACUUGAACCGUAAGUCAUAUUGAUAUAGAUUGGUUAUUUUUAAAUUUAGGUUGUGCAAAAUGCAGAAAAUGGACUAUUAA